UCGUACUUUGAGAGACCCCCGGACACCUUCCUUUCAAAUACCCCGAGAGCUUCCCCUUUUUGAAAAUUAUCAUCGUCAUUUCUUUCACCGCUCUCUGCUCCCAAAUGAGAGCUUCUCACAAACACUGCUCCUACUGAUUUCCACAACCUUCUUUUUCACUUUGUCUCGAUUACGCACUCCCUCUCUUUACCCCACGCCUACUCGAAUGCGCCGCACUGCUUCACUGCACGCCAUUGCUGUUUAUGUAUAAAACAGAUCUGGGUUUUUUCUUGGUUGGUCUUAGAAAGAGAGAGAAAUGGUUGCGGAGCCUUGGAUUGUGAAGAUGGGCAGCCAGGUGAGCACCAAUCUCAAGCACGCGCUGCUUCUCGAAGUUCCCAAGAAGAAGAGCCCCAAGACCCACCAACCCCCGAAGCAAGCCAUAGGCAUUCUCUCCUUCGAGGUCGCCACCGUGAUGUCCAAGACCGUUCACCUCCACAAGUCGCUCACCGACUCCGAGAUCUCCAAGCUCAACACCGAGAUCUUGAAAUCGGAGGGGGUGCUCAACCUGGUGUCCUCCGACGAGACCCUCCUUCGGGAGCUUGCCCUGGCGGAGAAGCUCGACGAGCUGAACCGCGUCGCCGCCGUGGUGUCCCGUCUGGGAAAGAAGUGCUCCGAGCCGGCCUUGCAGGGGUUCGAGCACGUCUACGGUGACGUUGUGAGUGGGGUUAUUGACGUGAGGGAAUUGGGGUUUUUGGUGAGGGAUAUGGAGGGAAUGGUGAAGAAGAUGGAGAGGCUUGUGAACGCGACGGCGAGUUUGUACAGCGAAAUGGAGGUGCUGAACGAGCUGGAGCAGGCGACCAAGAAGUUCCAGAACAACCAGCACGAGGAGAGCAAGAGGGCGUUCGAGCAGAAGCUUAUUUGGCAGAGGCAGGACGUGAGGCAUCUCAAGGAGGUCUCGCUUUGGAACCAGAUAUACGAUAAGGUUGUGGAGCUCUUGGCCAGGUCAGUCUGCACAAUCUACGCUAGGAUUUGGGCCGUGUUUGGUGACACUUCAACGAACAUAAAGAAGAAUCAAUGUGGAGUUCAGACGGGUUCGGGUUCGGAGCCGUUGAAACGUAGUAGGAGUAGUUCGUUGGAGAAGAAAAGGGUGCCGAGCUUUAAGUCUCAGUUUGAUUCGCGGAAGGGUGAGAUGGCGCCGUUUCGGCCAGAAGAUUUGAAUUUCCCGUGUGGGGCGAGCCCCGGGAGGUUUUUCACGGAUUGCCUUAGUUUAAGCAGCUCGGUUUCCAGGUUUCAGGACGAUGACGAAGAUGUUGAUCAUGAGGACCGUAGUAACCAAGUUUCUGGGAAUGUUAGUUUGAAAAGAGAGCACCUUAAUCACUCUAAUUAUUGUGUUAAUCGGUCCCAGAUUGGUGGUUUGUUUAGUGGGGAUCAGAGACAGUCCAAGUCGAGUGUGAUACAAGGCGCUCGGUUCGGCCCCAAGAACCGCUUGACGGUCUAUGCUCCUCCGACCACCGUGGGAGGCUCUGCUUUGGCCUUGCAUUAUGCGAAUGUUAUAAUUGUUAUAGAGAAGUUGCUUCGCUACCCGCAUCUCGUGGGUGAGGAAGCCAGGGACGAUUUGUAUCAGAUGUUACCCACGAGCUUAAGAAUGUCUCUGAAGACUAAUCUCAAGUCCUAUAUAAAAAAUUUGGCAAUAUAUGAUGCCCCUCUUGCGCAUGAUUGGAAGGAGACUCUUGAUGGGAUUCUUAGGUGGCUUGCGCCACUUGCACAUAACAUGAUCAGGUGGCAAAGUGAGCGGAAUUUCGAGCAGCAUCAAAUUGUUACGCGGACGAAUGUUCUGCUGCUUCAGACGCUGUAUUUCGCCGACAGGGAAAAGACAGAGGCGGCUAUAUGUGAGCUUCUUGUGGGGUUGAAUUACAUAUGCCGCUACGAGCAUCAGCAGAAUGCGUUGUUGGACUGUGCCAGCAGUUUCGAUUUUGAGGACUGCAUGGAUUGGCAAUUGCAAUGUGGAGCUGCUUAUAUUCAUUGAUAAAAUUGCUGGGAUUUGAACACGUGAAGUGGGUGGUAGAGCAUUUUUCUUGGUUCUCGAUACUUAUGAAGAUACAGAUGAUAGUUCAACAGGAUGUGAAUACCUGAGCUUUGCACUCUGAAGACCUUUAAUUGUUGAAGGCUCUGAGUUUACUAAUGUAGCAUGUCGUAAG